AUGGAGCCUAGCAGGACAUCCAAGUCCAACCAGACGCUGGUGACCGAGUUUGUGCUGCAGGGGUUCUCGGAGCACCCCGCACUGCGAGUGCCGCUGCUCAGCUGCUUCCUGGCGCUCUACGCUGUGGCUCUCACGGGCAACGCUCUGAUCGUCGCCAUCGUGGGCUGCAGCGCCGGUCUCCAUAGCCCCAUGUACUUCUUCCUGUCCAACCUGGCCACCAUGGACAUCAUCUGCACCUCCACGAUCCUGCCCAAGGUGCUGGCGGGACUGGCCGCGCAGGAAAACACCAUCUCCUAUGCGGGCUGCAUGGCCCAGCUCUUCUUCCUCCUCUGGUCCGGGUCCUCUGAGCUGCUGCUGCUCUCGGUCAUGGCCUUCGACCGCUACGUGGCCAUCUGCCGUCCCCUGCACUACAGCGGCAUCAUGAGCCCGCGGGUGUGCGCGGCGCUGUCCGGGGGCGUGUGGGGCCUGUGUGUCCUGAACGCCGCAGUCCACACGGGUCUGACGGCGAGGCUGAGCUUCUGCGGCCCCCGUGUCAUCACGCACUUCUUCUGCGAGAUCCCCCCGCUGCUGCUGCUCUCCUGCAGCCCGACGCGUGUAAACAGCAUCGUGACGGUCCUGGCUGACGGCUUCUAUGGCUUCACCAACUUCUUGCUCACCCUGGUCUCCUAUGGAUGCAUCAUAGCCAGCAUCCUGCGCAUCCGCUCAGCGGAGGGCAAGCGCCGGGCCUUCUCUACCUGCUCCUCCCACCUCAUCGUGGUCUCUGUGUACUACACGGCUGUGUUCUGCGCCUACAUCACCCCGGCCUCCAGCUACAGCCCUGAGAGGAGCAAAGUGGCCGGGGUGCUGUACACGGCGCUGAGCCCCACCCUGAACCCGUUGGUCUACACGCUGCGGAACGCCGAGGUCCAGCGCGCCCUGGGCCAGCUCCUCCCUUUCCCCCGACGUGGAACUGUGAACUGA